AUGUCGUUUGAUUCGAUCUCUUCUGGUGCGCCGGGAUGUUUUCCCCGGCGUGCGCACACCAUCACAGCUCCCGAUGAAGCGCACAACUAUAUGGUCACGGUGUACAUGCACUGCUUUAAUCCUGAAGAUCAAAAUGAUCGCGUAUGUAUCGACCUACACAAGCGCUCCACCACAGAGGAGCUCAUCGAGCGGGUGAUCUCUCUACGCACGGAUUUGGUUGGGCAAUCUGCCGAGGACUUUGACAUUUUCGAGAUGAUGGUGACUCCGGACGGGCAGGCCUCGAAGGAUCGAGAAUAUGCCGACCUGUGUAUGCUUCCCGAGCUUACUGAACAAACGUUGCUCGAUAAUCUCAGGGAUCGUUUUAAUAGCGGCCACAUCUACACCUACAUUGGACCGAUUCUAGUCGCUGUCAAUCCAUUCAGUAUGUUACGAAUCAAGGAGAGUCAAUGUGUGGUGAUCAGUGGUGAAAGCGGGUCAGGUAAAACCGAGUCCACGAACCAUCUGAUCUCUCAUCUGACGUCGCUAUCCCAGAAGGGCAGCAGUGCCUGCACUUCCGAGACCACUCUACUCAAUGCUGGACCCGUCCUCGAGGCAUUCGGUAACGCCGUCACGCUGCAAAAUAAUAACAGCAGUAGAUUUGGUAAAUUCAUCAAAAUCAACUACAGGGAGAAUGGAAUGGUAUCUGGAAAUUACCACGUGUUCUACUACCUCUUGGAAGGCGCAAGUGAAGCCGAUCGUGCCAAGUAUUUUCUAUUGAAGCCCCAGGAUUACCAUUACCUCAAUCAGCACGAGCAGUUCUCUCCUGAAGGUGUGAAUGAGAAAUACGAGUUUGAGCGAUUGCGACGAGCGAUGAGCAGCGUCGGGUUCAACUCUUGCACCCAAUCGACGCUUUUUGGUCUCAUUUCGGCGGUUCUGCUACUCGGCAACAUCUCCUACGUGAAGGAAGAGUACCAGUCUCAAGGUAUCUGUUGGACCAACAUUGAGUACACGGACAACACCGAAUGUGUCCAGCUGUUCCAGAGUAAACCAUACGGCUUGUUACGAUUAAUCGACGAGGAGAGCAACAUCAACAACGGAACCGACGAGUCGAUGCUUGCCAAACUUAACCAGUUCCUCAAG